UUUGGCCACAUUAACUAUUGCAGAAUGGAUGUUUUUCCUCAAUAUGAGUCAAGGGAGGGGAGAGAAGAGCAAAGGAGGGGAGGAGACAGCUGCAAAUACUUGAAAAUGUAUAAAUAUAAACUAUGUUCCUUCUUCCAUCUAGUAUUUAUGUUGUAUAUCCUUUCUUUUAUAAUUAAAUAUCAUACAUCGAUCAAUAACCUAUUCAUUUAUACAUUCAAACCUUUUCAUUUAUAUAUUCAACAUAUAUAUCAUUAUCAAUAUUAAUUUCAAUAUCAUUUAUUAAUAUCAAUUGAUUAAUUUAAAGCUUUACAGAUUUUCGUCUUAACACGCGCAUCAUCAUAACAAUUAUACUUGAUAAUAUGUUUUCAUCUUAUAUACAAAGAAUUGGACAAUCUAUUAUUAGAUCUUCUUCAUAUCUUUCAACAAGCUCUUCAAGAGCUACCAAAGUAUCGAGCUUUAGUUCUGGUGCUACCGCUGCUGUUGCUGCUGCUAAUUCUAAUUCUAGUAAUAUUUCAAUUAAUAAUAAGAUACAAAAUACCAGUGAACAACCACGUAUAACAAUUUAUCAUAAUUCAAAUUCAUUAUUAUCAUCUAAUUUAUUUUCGAAAUUAAAUCAUUAUGGAGAUUUACCUAAUAAAUUUUCAAUUGAUUUAAAAUUAAAUCAAUCAUUAACAAAUGAUGAUUAUGAAUUUAUUAAAAGUGAAUGUAUUGAUAUACAUCCUGAUAAUCGUUCAAUACUUAUGCAAAUAAUUCUUGGAGAUAAUCAAACUUCAACUGCUACAGUUAAAUCUGAUGAUUCUAGAGGAAAUAUUGCUAAUAAACAUAGGAUUCUUAAAAAUUUUAAUAAUUUACCAGAUUCUCCAAAUUUUCAUAAUGAUAAAAAUGUUAGUCUCAUAAUAGAUUAUCAAAAUAAAUUAAUAGCAAAUGAUGAACAAUCCUUUGAUAGGAUCAUGGUUAAUUAUUUAUCUUGUGGAAUCCAAAAUUUUCAAAGAUCAAAGCCGGUAUCAAAUUAUUCUCCAUUUUUAAAUGGUAGUACAACCGGUAGUAACAACAACAACAAUAAUAAUAAUAAUAAUAAUAAGAAUAAUUCUUAUGUGACAGGUCAAAUAUCUAAUUCAAGUGUUUCAAAUUCUAACGCUUCUAAUAAUUCAAUUCAUCAUAAUUUAGUACAUCCUCAAUUCUCUGAAUUUGCCGAUUUAUUCUAAUUCUAAUUUUAAUUCAAUUCUUUAUAUAUGGGUUCAAACAACACCGCAAUAAUAUGUUGGUGAUUUUAUAGAUUAAUAACUU